AAAUUUGUUCCGCAGUUGAGAACACCACGAAGACGUCACACAGGAGAAAGAGCAAAACAAAAUGGCGUCUGGCGGAGAAUACGUUGUUUUGGUUGUUAUGGUUUCUAGGUCUUAAUUACAACGUACAUGUGCACAUGUGUGUCGUUUAACAGCGUAAACGUCGUUAUUAAUUGUUUGUAUGCGGAUACAUUAGUCUGAGUGCACUUUGACGUGCUAGCCGAGCCUGCUGGUUAGCUCCGCUUGUUAGCUGCUAACAAACAGAGUCGGAAGUGAUCGACACAUCAAAGCAGAGAUCCAAUACGUCUGUGAAGAACAUCGUCACACUGAGCAACAGAAGUGGAGCUUCAGGAUGUGGACGGAGGAGCCACAGCCCUCCCACAUUAAGAAGGAAGAGGAAUACCCACUAAUCCCCCAUUUUAAAAAGGAAGCGGAAGAACCACUGACACCCCAUUUUAAAGAAGAAGCGAUGGAUCCACUGACCUCUCACAUCAAGGACAAAGAAGAGGACCCACUUAUCCCUCACAUUAAAGAGGAAGAGGAGGAAAACCGCAUCAGUCAGCAGAGAGAGCAUCUUGAAGGACUGGAGGAGGUUGAUGUCACCAAGAUGCCAGUGACUGGUGUCCCUGUGAAGAGUGAAGAUGAGGAGGUCAAAGGUGAAAGUGAGGAGAGGGGAGGGGGGGGGCCUCCAAGCAGCAGCUCAACACAACACAUGACAACAGAAGCUGAUGGAGACCACUGUGGAGGAUCACAAGCAGACAAGCUCUUAGCUCCACUAUCAGAUAGUGAGGACACAACGUCACACUCUCCUGACACUGAUGAUGAAGACUCUAAAGAUGAUAAGACAUGUCAGACUGACAACACUCACUUCAAGUGUUCUCAUUGUGACAAAACGUUUAAAUAUCCUAGUGAUUUGAACAGACACAUGAGAACACACACUGGAGAAAAACCGUUUUCAUGCUCAAUCUGCGGUAAAGGUUUUGUACAAAGUGGUUUUUUGAAAAGACACAUGACAACACACACUGGAGAAAAACCUUUUUCAUGUUCAAUCUGCGGUAAAAAUUUUACUCUUAAGCAUGAUUUGAAAAUACACAUGAGAAUGCACACUGGAGAAAAGCCUUUUCCCUGCUCAGAAUGUGGUAAAAGUUAUGUAAAAAAUCAAAGUUUAAAAGCACACAUGAGAACACACACUGGAGAAAAACCUUUUUCAUGUUCAAUCUGCGGUAAAGAUUUUACUCGAAGGGAGCAUUUGGAAAUACACAUGAGAAUACACACUGGAGAAAACCCUUUUACCUGCACAGAAUGUGGUAAAAGUUUUGUUAGAAAUCUAACUUUAAAAGAACACAUGAGAACACACACUGGAGAAAAACCAUUUUUAUGUUCAAUCUGCGGUAAAGAUUUUACUCAUAGUCAACAUUUGAAAAGACACAUGAGAACACACACUGGAGAAAAACCUUUUUCGUGUUCAAUCUGCGGUAAAGAUUUUACUCAAAAGCACCAUUUCAAAGCACACAUGAGAAUACACACUGGAGAACAACCUUUUUCAUGUUCAAUCUGUGGUAAAGAUUUUACUCGGACGGACCAUUUCAAAAAACACAUGAGAAUACACACUGGAGAACAACCAUUUUCAUGUUCAAUCUGUGGUAAAGAUUUUACUCGGAGGGACCAUUUCAAAAAACACAUGAGUACACACACUGGAGAAAAAACUUUCUCCUGCUCAGAAUGUGGUAAAGCUUUUUUACAAAGAAGCACUUUGAAAAGACACAUGAUUACACACACUGGAGAGAAUGUGUUGAGUUGCAGUGUGUGUGGUGAAAGAUUCUCUUAUAAGUACCAGUGUAAGAAACACAAGUGUGCUGGUGAGAAAAGCAGCAGCAAAUGAAACUGUAGGAUUUGAAAUAAACUGUCAAAACUUUAAUUUAGACUUUCUAACAACAUCAGCACAUAGGGUCUAACAUUUAUAGAUUAGAUAUAGAUUUUUGCUUUUUUCAGUCAGGUACAUGUUUUAAUAUACAUUGUGUACUUUUAUUUAAAAAGGAAUACAAUACUUUGACUUUAAAGGUGAGAAUAAACAGGACAAAACAUGUUACAAAUAUUUUUUAUGUGUAUAAAGAUAUUCAGAAAUAAUUUUUAAUUAUUAAUGAUGUUAUAAAUUAACUUUAUAUGAUGUAUGUAUUUGUUUUACAUGUGUUCAUACCUUUGCUUUUGAGUACACAUACAUCUCUCUUAGUUCAUAUUUACUGGUUCACAUCUGAAACAUCUUCUGGACCACUUCUGGACGCAAAUUAUUUACUUUGUACAUCAUUUGAUUAGCUGUGUUUUAUACAAAAUCAUAUACUUUUAAAAUGUGUGAGUUUAUGAAUCAUUUGUUGGGUCUCAAUAAUCCAUUCCUUUAAUUACCUUUAUUACUCUUUUGUAAUGUGAAUUUUGUUGUAUAUGUAUGUCCCCUUUAUGCAAUAUGUAGAUUAGAAAAAAUGGCAACAUUAUAUGUGGAAGGUUGUGAAGGAUAAUUUUGUUUUUAAUAAUCUACAUUUUUUUAUUAAAAAACUACACAUGACAA